AUGGCCACAGAAAACAAACCCAGCUUAGAAUGCGUGGAAGACAUCUCUCGCGUUAGCACAAGCGAGAACAAGUCGUACAUUCCACUAUGGCAAUCUAUCAAGAAAUGGCCGAGGAUCGUGGGGUAUUGUCUCGCCCUAAGUUCGGCGAUUCUGCUCUACGGAUAUGACCUCGUUAUCGUGGGAACGGUGGCCGCGAUGCCUCAAUUUCAGCUCGUUUUUGGACAGGAGCUCAACGGCAAAUACAUAAUACCGUCUAUGUGGCUCUCCCUUUGGAACGUAUCGAGUUGCAUUGGCAUGAUGAUUGGUUCCAUUCUCGGUGGCUAUUAUCAAGAUCGCCGCGGUCGUCGCUUGACCCUUGCGAUAGGCAGCUUCCUUUCUGCAAUUGCCAUUGCGAUAUGCUAUAUCUCCGAUCUACCCGAUAGCAUCGAGUCGCGUCGAGGGGCUUUCUUCGCGGGUAAACUCUUUCAAGGGAUCUGCAUUGGGAUUCUUCUGUGCGUUACGCAGACAUAUAUGUCUGAAGUUCUCCCAGUGGUUCUGAGAGGACCUAUUAUUGCAUUUUAUCCGAUCUUUACACUUCUUGGACAACUAGUCGGGUCUGUCGUGGUCUACACUUCGCUCAAGCACAAAGGCCCCGAAUCCUAUCGUAUCUGCUUUGCGUCGCAGUGGCCAUUCUCAGCUGUGCCCUUUGUACUGGCGGCCAUUUUACCAGAGAGUCCGACUUGGCUUUUGAGGAAAGGAAGAACGGAGGCGGCUUUGAAAGCACAGAAGAAACUUAACACGGCAAGAAUUGACUCGCAGGCUGUUAUUGAAGAGUUACAGGCCUCUAUUUUAGCCGAACAGGAGGAGAAGAACACGCACAGGUACAUUGACUGUUUCAGAGGAGUCAAUACACGGAGGACCUUGAUUGUUGCUUUUGCGAGUCUGCUGCCGCAGAUGUUUGGACUACAGCUACUGGCAAACGCCUCAUAUUUCAUGCAGAUCGUGGGCAUGAGUUCGACAAAUAGUUUGAUAUUUUUGAUUUUGGGCAUUGGACUAGGUUUGAUUGCGAAUGUGGUCAGCCUGUGGACUUUGAAUGCUUUUGGUAGAAGGUCUCUCAUAUUGGGAACUCUGGGUGCUGCCAUGGUACUAUGGCUAGCCAUGGGAAUUGCAGGAUGCUUCAGCGGUACCGUGAUGAUCUGGUACACAGCUAUUACCAUGAUGGUGGUGACCAUGGUCUCUGGUCUUGGAACAUGGCCUGCAGCGCAUGUUGUCGCAUCGGAGACUUCCUCGCUCCAACUCCGAGCCAAAGCCCAAGGUAUUGGAUGGUUUACCUCCGGUGUUGGCACAGGUGUAUUCGCUAUCAUCUUGCCAUAUAUCUACAACGCAGAUGAAGGAAACCUGCGCGCCAAGACUGGAUUCGUUAUGGCUGGAUUUGCUGCGGUCGGAAUCAUCAUUUCGUGGCUCACUGUCCCAGAGAUGAAAGGUCGGACCCCUAUGGAGAUUGAUCGUAUGUUUGCUUUGAAACUGCCGACUCGGGCGUUCAAGCGUUGGGAUAGCGAUGUUUCUGUCGCGAAAGAGACUGAAGAGUCUAGUCGGCUGCCUCAAACAUGA